CCAACAGUUUGCUAAAGACUAUACGGGGGAUCUUUGUCUUGGUUUUGCGAUGGGUAAGUAGGUGAGUGAAUGCGGGUGCCGCACCAGACUCCGGCGUUCAUGUUUGGAACUCUGCAAUGCACGUGACAUCUGUUCUACUCUGAACAUAUAGGAUCCCAUAUUUUAUCAACCGGGUGUGUCAGCCCAGAUGAACAACGUAUAAUAUGUGCAAGGGAGAGUCGGGUAAUGACGGUGGUCUAUCACAAUGGACGUUGCCUCUCUACGGAUUGAGCUUCGGGACAGAUUAUACAAACUUGUCAAGGGGUUUGUUUGAUUAUUCCCACCACGAGGCAUUACUGAGCGAGCGGUAACAUUUCAUAAAUCGAAUUACGUGAGAUCGGGGAGGUGCCGCUGUCUAUUUGUGCAUUGUGACAUCAUUACGUAGCCAUUAGCGCGACUUCCCGAAAAUCAAAUCACGAAGUAAUUCACACGUUUAUGUUUGUUGCGUUAAAAGUCUGUUGAUUAAAUACUUCGCUGUUGGACGCGCAGACACGCACGCUCCGAACCGCAUUCAAUCGUCGAGCACGCAAAGGCCCAGCUAACCCGAAACACGACGUUCCUCUAACGGGCACUUUUACAUAUAAACAGAUCGCGUUGCACGCUGUUUGUUUGUCCCACGUUUCCGCGGGCCUUCGGCCGGCGCAACGCAUCGCGCGCGUGAAGAUAUGGUGCCAAAACCGAGCGCCGUUCCGCGGCAAUUUAACGCUUUUUUUGUUUGUUUGUGAGAAACACAAAAAAAUGUAAGCCAGGGCACGUCGCGGCAACAGCGCGCGCCGCUCUCGAGCGUUCUUCACCGUGACGACGCACGCGUGUGCACGAGUACCCGGGUCGCUUGGGUGAUUAAUCCGUUUGUUUGUUUGUUUGUUUUGCCACGAUUUGGAAUCGCGUCCAGCUAAGCGUUCCGUGUGCUCACCGCUGAGUCGCCGUGCACGCAACCCACGGGGUUUCACUUCCCCGGCGCAGUCGCUCAGUGACUCGGCAUUGACCAAAGCUCGCGCGCCACGUGCCGAUGCAAGUGGCCGUUAAAGGCCCCGCGACACCUUUAGUCGUUCACGAGAGGCGGGGGCAUUUUGAGCAACAACAACAAAAAGUCCAAGGAGCUACGCGGGCGUGAUGCUCGCUGUGUGCUCGGCCGAUUCUCAAGCGGCUGGGCUCCAGCUCAAUCGGAGUGGCGCCUUCCCAUCGUGCCGAGCGGCGUAGCGAGGUAAACACCCCUGCACCCAGCACGCGGCGCGCAACGCAGAGGAGCGAGGACAAACAGAGAAGCCCCGACUGACGAUGCCAGCACCCUCUUCGUACGCUCGCUCAGUCGGGCGGUUUAGCGGAGGAGGAGGAAGAGGAGUAAGAAGAAGAGGAUCCCACUCGCCAGACCCGGUAGGGGACUCGAACCCGGACGGGCCCCGCGGCCUCUGCGUGAACGUGGGUGGUAGCAAGCACUUCGUGCCCCGCGAGCUGCUCGAGGCUCAUCCGGACAGCCGCCUCGGGAGGCUGGCGGCCAGGUCGUCCUCCCACUCGGGCGUGACGUUCGGCGACCCCCUCGAUCGCUCGGCCGUGACCGCAGCGGGAGGCCCCGAGGCGGUCGCGCCGGAGGGACCGGCGGAUGGCGCUGUGCUCGGCUCGGCCGCCUUCGUCGAUCUGUGCGACGACGCGGACCCCUCCUCGCGCGAGUUCUUCUUCGACCGCAGCGCCGAGACGUUCGGCUACGUCCUCGCCUUCUACCGCACGGGCCGCCUGCACGUGCACGAGGGCCUCUGCGCCGCCGCCUUCCUGCAGGAGAUGGAGUACUGGGGCAUCUCGGAGCCCAGCCUGGCGCGCUGCUGCCGCGACCGCUUCGGGCGCAAACGCGACACCAUCCUAAGCACCGCGGCGGCUCAGCAGCAGCAACAGCAGCAGCAGUUCCCCACCGAGGAGUUCGGUUCGAAGCAGCAGGCGCAGGAGGACGAGGAGCGGCAGCUGCUGCUGACCGAGGGCGCGCGGUGCGGCCCGCUGCGGGUGCGUGUCCUCGAGCUCCUCGAGAGCCCCGAGUCGUCGCGGACGGCGCGCGCCGUGUCGCUCCUCUCCGUGAGCUUCGUGCUCCUCUCGGUGGUCAACAUGUGCCUCAUGACGGCCUACGAGGGCGCCGCGGCGCAGGAGGCGUUCGCGGCGCUCGAGAGCGCCUGCACCGCGUGGUUCACUGUCGAGUUCUCGUGCCGCGCCGCGUGCGCGCCCCGCAAGCUGCGCUUCCUCGCGCGCUUCUCCAACGUGGUGGACCUGCUCGCGAUCGCGCCCUACUACAUCACGGCGCUGAUCGAGAGAGUCCAACAGCAGCAGCAGCAGCACAACUCAGGGGCCGCCGCUGCCGCCGCCGAUGCUAGCGGCGGCGGUGGUGGCGGCGGCGGUGAUCUCGGCAACGCGGGACGCGCGCUGCAGACUGUGCGCCUCCUUCGCGCACUGCGCCUCCUCAAGCUGGGGAGGCACUCCACGGGGCUGCGCGCGCUGGGCACGACGCUGGCGCGCUGCUACGAGGAGGUGGGCAUGCUCAUGCUCUUCCUCUCCGUGGGCAUCUCCAUCUUCGCGGCGCUGGAGCACGCGCUCGAGGGCUCCGAGCCCAACUCGCUCUACCCGAGCGUACCCGCCGCCUGGUGGUGGGCCAUCGCCUCCAUGACCACGGUGGGCUACGGCGACAUCCGGCCCGACACGGCGGCGGGCAAGGCGGUCGCCUUCCUCUGCAUCCUCUUUGGCAUCCUGGUGCUCGCGCUGCCCAUCGCCACCAUCAACGACAAGUUCUCCGAGUACUACGUGACGCUGCGGGCGCGUGACUCGUCGGCGCGGCAGGGCAAGACGCUGCGCAGGCUCGCGCGGAGCCUCUCGCAGGAGCGCCUCGCCGCCGCCGCCGCCGCGGCCACCGUGGCCGGCGCCGGCGGCGACGGCGGGAGGAAUCUGCGCGACGCGUACGCCCGGAGGGUCGUGAGGCUGCUGCGAGGCAGCGGUGGCGGCGGCGGCGGCGGCGCCGCCGGAGCACAGGACACAUGAGACGGCUCUCCGGUGUCGUCGCCGCGCCCUUGCCUGGCCGCGCGAGACGGCGUCCACGCUCCGCGCGCCGCUCGGAUCUUCGACCGUUCGAGCGACUUUUGAAGAGGAGGCCGCGAGACACGGGGCUGGAGGGAGCUCCCAGCAGCCGGAGCGAAAACGUUGGACGUCAUGCAGAAGGGUGCGCGUGAUUAAGCAACCGCCCAACGCUCGCGCGGGGUGGCUCGAAGGGGCUUCGUGGUGGAUCAAGGGACGUGACCGUCACGUGACGCAAGUGCCUGGAGGAGAUGUCGAGAAGGGAGCGUGGAUCUGAGUGGAAUCUCCCCGUCCGCAGGGGCCCGCUCGGACGGCCGCCUUAACACGCGAGUCUGCGGCCGAGGGCUCAACAGUCUCCGAGACGCAAGUCGCUCGCGACCGUUCGAGUUGUGGGGCCCUCCAUGCCUGCCGCUCGACCGGCUCUUUGCAGGCUUGGGACAUCGGCAGCUUCCGUCCUAUUGAAUUUAAAACAUCUAUCCCAAGAAAUCUUUACCGACGGUCGGGAUUGUCCCCUUUAGAGGGGAGGCACUUUCACCAGUAAGUGGCCCCCGAUCUAGAAAUUUCAAGGCUGUACCUUUACCAUCACCACGUUUUUCGAUGUGUGGGGACGAACUUUGUCGCCAACCGGAGGACAAUCGCAGAGGGAGAUCUCAAACGCCGCUAAAACGAAGGCGGCUGACCUUUAACUUGUCCCACUGCAGCGGUGUUCUUCACUGCAAGGCCUGCGGGCCACUGGCGGUCCCUGGUGGCCUUUAGUGCGGCCCCUGAUGUGUGACCCCCGACAUUACACAGCAAGUGAAAACACCCCGAUCGUGCUGCUGUUAAACCCCCAAUGGUUUCAAAUGGUGUGGCGGCCCUCACACCGCUGAUGAUGUCUUCUCGACGAAAGUGCUCCCUGCCCCCUACCCCCCACCUCUGCAAAGUAGUCAGGAAUCCUGGUCUAGUCGGUCAACGGAUUCCACGAACGCUGGGACAUCAGUUGCCACUGCUCAGUCCGUCACCACCGGCCGCCAGAGCGUGACCCGAGCACCGGGGGAGGGGGGGGGGUCUGUGCGGUCCACUCAGGUACCGUGGGUGGCUGCGACAAGAAUUCAGGGUUGGGUAGCAGUAAUGCUGCACAGAUAGCCCUACUGGGAGCAUACUUGCUGUGCUGUUUGCUGCCUUAUACAGGCGCUGCCUGGCUUCCUUGAAUGUUGAGCUGUGAAAUUAAUCCGUGACCUCGCAGCCAACUACAUUUGACCUUUCAUUAACCAAGGAGUUGCGCUCCCCUUUGCAACUCCGUCCGCAUACAGAGUGGUGUUGCAAUUAUCACGCACGCACGCGCACACGCGCUCGUGCGUGCGCGUGCGUGUGCGCGUGCACCUGUUUAAACUGCUCGGUAUAUUCACGCACGUGUUUUAGGUUUUGCUGGCAGAUGCUGUGUGUCCGUCCCUUGAGCAGUGCCCAGUCUUGCUGAUCGCUGUUGUCAGACAGGAGCCCCGUUGUUGCAACAUUGCUGACAAGCACAAGAGCACGCGCGCGUGUGUAACGGGGAGUGGUGGAGCAGCGGUUAGCGCGCUGCGCUACGAACCCGACGACCCGAGUUCGAUUCCCGCUCACGGCCAACACCAAGUGACAAUUAUCCGAACCGGUCCUGGGCCUCCCCUAAGUCGGCUCAGUCUCAAAUGAGCACCUGGUGUGAUGUGUAAACAUCGCCACUGGGGAGACAAAGGCGGCCGGGCGUUGUGCUGGCCACCGACCCCGUCGUGUGCCGCACUGGCCUUCAUAGGUGCUCGCUAACAGCACUUGCCCCAACAAUCUAUUAAGGCUAUACGGGGGAGGGGAGGGGGGAUCUUGGUGGACGCAGCUGCCCCAUACCAUCCAAGCCCUGAUUGGCUGCCGGUUCACUUAAAGGCUCCCUUGACCUCUCUCAACUAGAGACUACGAAUUGUAAGCGGCACGUUCUCGCGACACCACCUACGGGCAGUGGUUCCAAACCUUUCCGCACCCCCCCACCACCCCCCGCUGCGCCACACCGUCAACAUUGCAAAACGUGUCGGCGGUAAGAACAAAGAGCGGUCCGUGAAACAAAAACAAACAAAACACAACCCAUCGCAUCUGCAACAGUUCCACGGACCACUUACCACGGCCUUGCAGAGUCGCAGUAGUUUGUUGACCUGCCCCACCCUCGCCUCCGAUUAGCACGGUGGGAUACGUACGGAGGGAAAGAGGUACACACACAGGUUGGGAACUUCUGCCUUUGGACGUUUACGGUGGUCCCGCUAUAAUCCGUGUACCCAUUCCGUACGUUGCCCCUGCCUCGACAGCCCCUGUUUUGGAAGCUCCGUCUCGUCUGAUCUUGAGCUUCGUGUCUCGCGUGAAGGUUUUCGUCGAAGUCUUUUGUCGAGUUCCACGUUCGCCACUGGUGCCUGCCGCCAAUGCUGGCCGAAGCGACUCGGGUGCAAUCGUCCAAGGAUGGGGGGGGGGGGUUACAGAAUCGGAAUAUCAGAAUAUUUAUACUGGAGGAGGAAUCCGAUGAGCUAUGAAGCUCUUUUUCACAGAUGUCCAGUCGGGGCAUGUCAGAACGUUACAACAACAAACACUGCACAAAACAUGAUAGGAGUGCAAUAUAUAGGCAAGGUUAACAAAUCAAUAAAAAUAUACAGAUUCAAGUAAACAAUUGACUUCAUUAUAUAUAAUUAGGUAAAGGCCCACUGAGCCAUUGGCUUAUUUUUCAGGAGCGACCUGGCCACAAGUGAUAGCUCAACGAAGUGGCUUAUCAUGUGGAAAUCCACAGCAGCAAAAUAAUCUAUAUAUUCUAAUUGCGGAGGGGAAAAAGCGAAGGACCCGGAGAAAAUAAUCCACGUCGACCACGGGGAAAACACGCAAACUCCAAAUAUACAGCAGGCGUCAGGGUCGGGAUCGAGCUCCCGACCUUCCGCAUACCAGGCAAGGAAGAUGACACCCACACCAUCGUUGGUCCGCUGAUUAUAUUGCUCGGAGCAACCAAAAGGCCACGAGGCAAGAGCGAUUGCACCCAAGAUAUACUUUACUGAAAGGUCCUGGGAAUCCUCAGUGAAUCGAUGUAUUGCUGGAAGUCGACUGUGGCAUGUGGUCUUGCCUGUGGAUUCGCAGCUGAGAAUGUAAGCGUUGAGAAGUCUCGUUUGAGUCUGGACAUAGGCCUGUUGCCCCGUGCGUGCAGACAUAUUUAUCACACCCUACAGAGAGACGGGUAAUGGGGUUUCCCAUAACUCUGUGCUGUGACGCCCACGCAUUAGCUGUGCAUUCAAUUUGCUUUCCUAGACUUGCACUUUAAAUGUAUCGUACGUUCACCGUUCAUGUCGUGUUCAGAGGAAGUGUAACGUGUCUGUGAAUUUGCACAAUUCUGUGGUAACCGCUCCUUCACGGUGGCAGCGGGCAUAACAUGAACGGCGUGAGAAACCAUUUGA